AUGAAGACCACUAGCGACAUUUGCAUUGGAGGUCUCAUUACUCUAAUUGGUUUGGGUGUGGGCCUUCAAUUUCCCAAGUCUAAGUAUGUGCCAGCGGACGACCCACCUCUUUACCUCCUCAAUUUCUUGCUAUUGCAACCUGCCAGUAAUGGCCAUUACUCUUGGCUAAAUCAUGUCAAGGAACCAGUUUACACCUUACCUAAUAUCAACAUAUCUGCCUUCACCACCAAUGACCCUAAAACUUGGUUCUUGCUUGAAGAGUUACAUGAUGAUGAUACUGUAGCAGAUGAUGAUGAAAUGCAGGUCGAUAAUGCCAAUGCUAAUAGUCCAUUUGAGGUCGAAGACCAUUAUGACCUCCCAAUUCGACAAUUGCCACCACCCUUUUAUGAUCAGCCUUCGGGAGCACAUUUUGAGCCACAACAUGAGUACCAGUCUUAUCAACAACAAAACAAGCCAGAACCCCGAGUUUCCUCUUGA